AUGCAAAUCUGGCACAUGGAACCUUUCCCAUGCGGAGACCGUCGUCUUCCACAUCACGUCUUCCCACCAAAAAAAAUAAGCCCUGAUCAGCUAAUGAGCUUAGCUGGAGUUCAGUACUAUAAGGUUGACCUAGAAGACACUGUCCAAAUGAAGAAAAGAAUUUCUCGAGUUAAGACAGAGAAAAACGUGAACGCUUCUGAUAUGUUUGUUAUUAAUGAUUCCGUUCCUGAUCUUAACGAUAGACUCGAGGAGUACUACGAACCUGCUGUAAAGAGUGAUGAUGUUGUUUCUCUUGUACUUGAUGGAGCGUGUUAUUAUGACGUCGAACCAGAGGAAGACGAGUGGAUCCGAGUUCAAAUGGAGAAGGGAGAUUUAUUGGUGAUUCCAAAAGGACUCUCUCACAGAUUCACUGUUACUCCACAGAACAAUGUAACAAUUCAACGUUUCUUCUCCAAGAAACCCGAUAGUGUUCAAGGAUAA